AUGUUGCCAUACAUUAACAUCCCAUUCCAGUAUGUUGCUGGCAUUAUAGGAGCGUCACCAGACGAGCUUAAGCUCAUUACCUCCUUUCUCCUCUCCUACCCACUUGCUGCCUUGCUCAAACGAGUACCCGAUGCAAAGCCAGCUCUGAAGAAUCUGUUCAUAAUUGGGGUCUCAAUAUUCUACCUAGUCGGCCUUUUCGACCUAUGGGACGGGUGUCGGACACUGGCAGUAAGCUCAAUAGCAGUUUACUGCAUCGCCAAAAAUGUACAAGGACCGUUCAUGCCAUGGAUUGGCUUCGUAUUCUGCAUGCUACAUCUAUCGGUCAACCAACUGGCGAGACAAUUCGCCAACUCUCCUAGCACUGUCGACAUCACCGGUGCUCAAAUGAUCCUCGUCAUAAAGCUCACAUCGUUUUGUUGGAACGUGGCAGAUGGACGACUUCCCGAGAAGGACCUUUCCGCUUAUCAGAAGGAGAGAGCUAUCAAGGAACUGCCGAGUCUGCUAGAUUUCGCGGGUUAUAUUUUAUUCUUCCCGUCGCUUUUCGCAGGCCCAGCCUUCGAUUAUGUUGAUUACAAGCGUUGGAUCGAGACGACAAUGUUUGAAGUCCCACCAGGGACAGAUCCUUCGAAAAAGCCGCCCACACGCAAGAAGAGAAAAAUCCCUCGAAGCGGACGGCCCGCAUCCUGGAAAGCGGCCACGGGGCUCUUCUGGAUCUUUUUGUUCCUCCAACUUUCCGGAUGGUACUCGAAGGAUUUACUACUGAGCGAGGAGGCUCCGCCUUAUGGACUUUUGCACCGGAUAUGGAUUCUCCACAUGACCAUAUUUACCGUUCGACUCAAGUACUAUGGUGUAUGGGCUUUGACCGAGGGAGCCUGUAUCCUCUCUGGUCUUGGAUAUAAAGGGAUUGAUCCUGCAACCGGGAAAGUCAGCUGGGACAGACUGUGCAAUGUAAACCCCUGGGGUGUAGAGACUGCCCAGAAUUCUCGAGCCUAUCUAGGGAACUGGAACAUGAACACGAAUAAUUGGCUUCGCAACUACAUAUACCUUCGCGUUACGCCUCGAGGGAAGAAGCCUGGUUUCAGAGCUAGCAUGGCUACAUUCGUUACCAGUGCCUUCUGGCACGGAUUCUACCCAGGCUACUACCUAGCCUUUGUCCUUGCCAGCUUCGUGCAAACCGCAGCUAAGAACUGCCGCCGCUACCUGCGACCUUUCUUCCUCGACCCCAAAACCUCCAACCCAACCCCCAACAAAAUCUACUACGACAUCGCGUCCUGGUUCAUAACGCAAGCAGCGUUCACAUUCGUAACCGCGCCAUUUAUCCUCCUCACGCUCCCAGACUCACUGCUCGUAUGGACACGCGUGUAUUUCUACGGCGUCAUCGGCACCGCUGCCGUCACGGCAUUCUUUAGCUCGCCCGGCAAAGACCUCCUAAUCAAGAAACAUCUACUCAGGACCGGAGCAGCAGAAGAUGGUAAACUCGAGAAGGCCGCUAGCCAAGAUAGCGAGGACAAAGAGCCACUUCUCGGCCUGCCAGGCCAACCACAGGAGGAUCUCGAGGAAUUAGUUGGCGAAGUAAGGGCCGAGCUCGAAGCGAGACAGAGGAGGGGGAGUUUGAAGACAGGGUUAAGAGACUCGGUGGUUGGUAAGGCGGGGAUGCCUGCCUGA